AUGCGAGACGUGCCAGGCCGAAACACGGGACGCCUUGAGCUUGACCUUCCUUCGGAACAUGCGGAUGCCGAGACGGCUACCAUAGAAAACCAAUCCACUCAAGCCAACACGAUAUUUCAGUGGCAUUCGAAUAGACAACCUGAUAACAAUAUGAAAGAUAUAGAUAUAGAAACGCAAGAGCAGCUUGCCCAAGACCUGCUCCUCGAUCUGAGAUCGCAAUGCGGGGAUGAGACGCAGCAAAAACCUGCAGGAAAAGCCACACUUUUGGUUUUCAACAACCGAGAAUUUCGUCUUUUCUUGUUCAGUUUCAUGCUGGCUAGGAUCGGUGGUUGGCUCACCUACAUUGCCUCCAUUACUAUGAUCGAAGAAAAGCUCCUGAGAGAAGGGGAACCAUCGCAGUCCGCCGUCAGCGUCCUCAUUGCCUGUAGGUUUCUCCCGAUUGUGCUACUCAGCCCGUUCGGGGGAGUCCUGGCGGAUGGUUAUGACCGUAGGCAAUCGAUGAUCCGAUUGGAUCUUCUCGGUGCUGCGUGUCCACUACUCUUCCUCGUUGCAAUUGACAGUCGAAGCCCAAUAGCUCUCGUAUACCUCAUCACGCUACUGCAGCAAAGUAUCACCGGUUUGUACGAGCCAUGUAAAUCUGCCCUUACCCCCAUGCUGGUGUCUCAUGAGGACGAACUUAAGACUGCAACAACCUUGUUGGGGCUCUGUUGGUCGGUGUUCGCCGCUCUCGGUUCGUCGCUGGGAGGUCUCAUUGUGUCUCGGGUGGGUUUACGCGCAUGUUUCUUCACAGAUUGCUUCACGUUCCUCGCUAGCGCCUUCCUUAUAUGGUUGAUGGGUGGAGAAUGGGCCCCACCGAAGUCUACUGGCUCCGAUUGCAAUUCCUCUUUGUGUAGCACCAUCGGCGAGAUGACUGCGGACGGUAUCGGGUACCUGUGGCAGAAUUCAUGGGGAGUCCUUGUCUUGCUGAAGGCGUCCGUGGCGAUUCUCUGCGGGGCAGCUGACAUACUCAAUGUUAGCCUUUCAGAAACACCCGGAUCGAGCGCCACGAAGGACGCAGCAAACCUCGGUUGUAUCUUUGCUUUCGUCGGUUUUGGGAGCUUCCUUGGGUCUUUGGUUGUGAACUACUCGACGGACAUGAAACAGCUGCGAAGGAUUCAGAUGUCGUGCAUUGUUGGGCUCGGCUUCACGGCAUUGGGCUGUUUUGGCAUCGGCGUUUUCCCUGCCCUCUGGACUGUUUGCCUCUUCACAGCUGUUCGAUCCGUUGGUACAUCGGUUACUUGGAUCAGCUCGUCCUUGCUGAUUCAGAAGCUUUCAGCUCCGGGCCUGCUGGGUCGUGUGUCGGCUGUGGAUGGCGCCUUUGCUCUCUUGUCGGAGUCAUCGUCGGCACUGUUCUGUGGUUUCCUUCAGGACAGUGGGAUGACACCCAGCGGUGUUGCCGUGCUCGUGUCGAUGCUGGGGACUUUCCUGACUGCGAUUUGGUCGAUCCAUCAUGCACGGGGCGGCGGCGCAUCUUCAGUCCUCGAGGACGACGAGAAGAGCGAACAUACCAUUUCGGAGAACACUCCUCUUCUUCUGUCCGAUUCGGAGUCUGACUUUGAUGAUAUGGAGAGUCCGGCCUUUGGUGGUCAGCCCUUGGAACUGCGCGCCGAAUAGAUAUACUUUGAAUAGAAAAGACUCAUACCAAUCCAACAUGUGCUCUAUGGGCGGGCUGGCACGUUUCCUCAAGUUUCCCCGCAAUGCUCACGCACCUGGGCUGCCAUCGUCCAUCGUGUUUAAUCGAGGCGUUCCCUUUUCAUAAUAUACGGUCUACGUAUUGGUAUCGAUUUUACACUAUCUGAAAGUUGGUGUUGAAUCAUUCAUUCAUCCGAAUGCACUCCGUUGAGCAAUGUGUCAGGCGCUGUCGAGUAAACGCAGCCCGGGCCCUGAGGGAGGGCGGAGAACGAUAUAUGGUGUGUAGAAGAGACAAAAGAUUGUUGUCGUGUCGUCGUGGUGUGGAUGCGCUUUUGUUGUGUAGUGUGUCUGCUGUCUUGUCGUGUGCGUGUGUGUUCAUGUAGACGUCCAGGGGUUAGGAAUUCGUUUCCCUUAGCCAUCCCUUUCGAUAAAAGAUGGCUAAUGUCCACAUGAUCCCGUUGCAAUACCUCCACACAGUCGCUUCAGAACAUCGUACAAAACAAGUUGGAGCGUCACAAUAAUGCCCACAUGAUACAAUCGACAAUUCAACCCGACAAAAAAUCCACGGAACCCCUUUUCACUUCGCAAAAUAUCCCGCGCGAUAUCGCUUGCCGAUCUGUUUUCUUUUUGCCUUGCGCUGACAAGGCUGAGUAGUGUGUCACCUGGCUGGCUGCUGAUACAAGACAAAAUACUGGCAAGAAUGGCCGAUACAACGGGAAUGGUGAACUUGGUGGCAUGGUUCAUGGAAAAUCCGUAGGCAAUUGCUGUCCGGUAGGCGAGUUUUGUGAAAUAAUCAAAAGAAACAUUCUUGGUCACAGUGUAGGGCACUUGUUUGAAGGUUUGUGGUGCAAUGCCUCUCCAAAGGCUGAGCACUCCCUCGCGCUUAAUCAUCCUACGACCGCCCUGUAUCCAUCCUUUGGGAGCAAAGUCUGGUUCGGACACAAGACGGAUUCGCAAGGCUUCCAUUGGGCACAAAACAAUAGAAGCAGCCGUUCCGGCUAUACACCCCGAAACGAUAAAGGCAAUCAUUUGGGACCGCAAAAUUGCGAGAGAGGUUGCUUCCGCCAAGGAGCCGAGUCCUCGUUUGACAACUGGCUUGAGUGCUUCGUACACUCCAAAUUUCUACAGGCAACGAAUAAACCGCAAUGAUGUGUCAGGAAUUAUGCUUGUGGCGUUUGCGUCACUAUGCAUAUAUUAUGGUCCUGUCGUUCCUUACCAUGGAUCCCUCAAGCAAGUAUCCAAACACAGUCGGGCCAAGACCAGCUAACAGAGUACCCACGCCCUCGUCUUUGACAAUCUUUUGCGUGGCUUGCACAAAACCCAACUCCUGCAACUCUGGGUCAACUUGUUUUCGGGUCUUCGUACAAUUCAUUCAAUUAGGAAUGAAACAGGAGCAGAGCAGAAGAAAAAACAAUCGUGAGCCCUGCGUCAAGAACGAUCAAACUCCCACCCACGCAGACUCCCUGGAUCCCCAAUAUCACCCGUCUUGUUCCGUACCUUGACUACAUCAAUGGGAGUUGGAAUGGCAUGCGAUGUGGCUGCACAGAGACCACCGGCCAAAAAGAAUCUCCAAGCACCAGGUCCCGACCACACGAGCAAGAGUGCAAAUGCCGAGGCUGCCGUUGCAAACGCGGCCGUCAUGGACACCUUGUCGGCGAAGGUGACUCUAUCUUCGUCUUCUUCAUUUUUGGCCCACGUGCCAAAGUCAAUCAUCAUGUGUUGGCUUUGAUCAUUGCUCAGUUGCUGAUAAUGGUCUGCCAUAUCGAGGCAAUCAUCGCAACAGGUGGGGUCAAUAAUGCAUUCCCACGGAUAUUCUUCCUCAUUGUUAUUAUUAUUGCUGCGACUGCCAAAGAUGUUCUCGCUGGCAGUGUUCAAAGACCGGGUAGAGGACGCCACAAAAAACUUGGAGGGUCGGUUUCUUCGUGCUCGGGAGGACCUUUGGACCCGAUGACCUCUUCCCACGAGUUUCGAAGAGUGUAAUUGGGGAUAAUGGCUUGUUCUGGUGUGGAGAUUGGGAAAGACAUUCGGGCGUCUCCCUGCUCCCGAAGUAAAGGCGUCCGCUGGAACAAGCAAGUGGGCCGCAAGGGCCAAGAAGGGAACCAAAGCACUGUAGGGUCGUGGUCUUUUACUCCUCUUGUCAGCGAUCGAAACACCGGUCAUAGGAGGGUAGAAUUCUGAGGUUGUCUCUGCUGGGGACAUGGUGGACAUUCUCGUUUCAAACUUGAAGAAUACUGUAGCCGCCGUCUUUACAACAAUAAAGGAAAUCGAAUGCAAUCUAUCUCGUCUCAGGAUAAAGGGUCUGCUGCAAACCACAAAAUGAGGUGAGCGGAGUGAUGGUCGAUGAUCGACAACGAAAGUUAUUGAGAAAAAAUUUUUAAGACCUCAGCCGACUUUUUCUCAUUGGCGGGGCUGUUGCAGCUUGGACAAAGAUGCACAACGUGGACAACCCCACCAAUUCAGAGAUGCUGACGUGAUGUUUUCCAGAUGCUUUUCUUGUCCUUGUUCACUCACCUCUUCGCUUUUGAUGUGGUGGUGCUGGCCGGUACUGACGUUGCGAAGUAAGCCAGCAGAGCCUCAUGUUGAAUCACUUCUCGAAGACUGAAUGUCCCUGUUGAGCAAAGCCGGCUCAAGCUGGGAGGAGGCAGUUUCCCUGGGAAUGGUUUGAUUUGACUCAAUGAUUAGUAGUUAUUAUUUGCUACACUGGGAAUGGUCUAGCUAGUUUGAUGUUGGCCAUCAAUGUGGAUGGCACUCAAGUAGAGCUGUUCGAUUUCCUGGAGACAUGGACAUCCCAACAUACGGGUGGUCCCUUGGCAGAACAAUGGAGGCUGGGAGCAGCUGGGAACCCUUGACAUGAGUAGUGACUUCGCUGUAACCACCUUGUCAAGCUGUUGGAGAUUGCCAGGGUUAUAAUGUGGGAGUUGUUUCAGGCCAUGUCUUCUAUGCUUCAAUAAUGGAACUCAAGCAAGUUGGGAAGUUGUUGGCGAGGAGAUCAAUGGAAAGACCCAUCAGAUGGUAAUACUUGGUUUUGUCUAUGAUCUGGUCAGUAGAUGGACCAAGAGUUGCCGCUGCCGUGCCCCGUGCAUCUUCCAAUUGCAACAGUGAAAUUGGGGCAGCAAGCGUCCUGUAUCAGCAGCUCAGGGUGCAUUGCAACCGGACUGGCCAGAAUGCUGAAUUGUACAAAGGGGUUUCGCCAAUGAAGCAGUUGGCUCUGUACGAAUGGUCAUACAAUGGCUUAUGCAUAUGGGAAACUGAAUUCUGUUGGAGGACAUGGAUAUGGGAAACUGAAUUCUGUUGGAGGACAUGGCUGACGAAAUUAAUUUUGAGCCCAUGCUAUUGGCCUUGCUUCUAUCCACUACAGUCCACCUGCUCCGCCUAUACCACCUGAGCUUCACAAAAUUUGGCCAAUGAGGCAACCGACCUCCAAAUACCACUAGCAUCAUGGCCCUUGCUAGCUGGAAAGGGACUUGAUUGUCAAUUCAUAGCUUGAGAGAGAGACAUGUUGGUUUCCUCAAAUGACGGAGUCGCUCCUCUGUAGCACCUUGCUCAAGAUGGACCCACCACGACAAGAGAGAAACCUCAAAUGUUGUACAAGGCCUGUCAUCUUGUAUUCACGGAUCCCAACAAGCUAGGCUUCUGCAUCAUUUUUGCCGUGGCCAAAGCAUGCAUUACAGUUUUCGUAGAUAUGUUCCCUAGUCUAUCUAAAGCCCCAUUAGCAUUUGAAGUUCAACACAGCCACCACCUUGCCAGUCCGAAACGGUUUCGACGGCACACGUCAACUGCGACUGGAGCUGGAGCUGGUGCUUCGUGCUUUAGCUGUUUUCAAUUUGUCUGAAACGUGCGUCCAUUCAAAAGCGUGAGCCAGCGAAGUGGAGGGAGUGG